UUUAGAUCGAACGGGUCACGGCGCACACGCUACGGGUCUGUGGAGACCCCCACCUCUCACAAGCGGAAGCGAGGAGCGCGCGGCGACCGGAGGCGACGUCGGCGAUGGCUUCAAAACUCCGGCCAAUUCUGCACGCCGUCCGCGGAGGCUGCCGGGCGGGAAGUCCGCGACUGGCCUGCCGAGGAGCAAGUGCAAUCAGGAGUGCGGGAGCUAAGGUCAAGGAAGAGUGGCCUGGAGUAGUUCUCAAGGGGAGAACAGCCUAUGAGGGAUGGAAAAAUUCAGUAAAGACGGGCAAUGACUUUAUCACGCUAUGUCAAGAUACUGGGAAGCUGAUCGUGUUUGCAUCUGCUCCUUUUGUCAUAAUCAAAAUUGCCUACACUGAGCACAUCCGUACAGCUGAAAAUGCUGAUCCAGACUCUCGCUAUGAGAAGACACGAGCUACCACCCUGGCAUUCCUUCAGUAUAUGGAUCCAGGGUUGGCAGGGCUGACUGCAUUCGUUGCAAACGGAUUCAAGACACCUGAGCCUGAGACCAAGGAGGAGUACCUUGACAGUGAGACAGGAAAACAGAUAUUGGAUCACUUAACAGAUAUUGCCUCCAAGGUUGAUUCGCUUGGACAGGUGCCUUCUGGGGGUAAGCAGCAACAGGGUGCUAGGGGUGAUGCUCUGCAGGACAAGAUGACGGAGAAGGACUUGCAAGACAAGGACCUGCCCAUCACAGUUGGAGCUCUUGGAGGACACCCAACUGGAAAGGACAAGGCCGCCACCGGUGGACCUGCUGAAUUGCUGAACAAGGGCGCCGGCACUGGUGCUCCUGCAGAACUGGUGAACAAGGGCGCUGGCACUGAAGAGGCUGCUGAAGCGGUGGUGAACAAGGGUGCCAGCAGUGGUGCGCCUGCUGGGGUGGUGAACAAGGGUGCCAGCAGUGGUGCGCCUGCUGGGGUGGUGAACAAGGGCGCCAGCAGUGGUGCGCCUGCUGGGGUGGUGAACAAGGGCGCUGGCACUGGUGUGCCUGAAGUGGUGAGCGUAGGUGGACCUACUGAAGUGGAGAACGAGGUCACCAGCGCUGAUGUUCCUGUUGAGGCGAACAAGGAUGCGACUGAUCUGUAUGAAUGGAUCAGGCGGUGCAUGGGCUUAUGGUGAAGCCCCCUGGGGUGUGUAGGCAUCCCCAUGGGUGCGAACAAAGAGCUUUGAAUUCAUGGUCACUUAGUUUUUCCAAGAAAAAAACUAUGGUGUAGAGAUGGCCGUUUUCUUGGUACCGUGUGUUUACUGGAAGGGCAACCCAAAAUUUUGCUGUUAGUUGCUUCAGGCGGCAUCACCAUGUUGAUAGGUGUGGUGUCCCCUGUAACAUCUUGCUAACCGAGAAAUGUUGAUAGGUAUGGUGUAGAGAUUAAACCUUAUCUUGCUACUUGAGAGAUGAAGAUUUGAUCUUGAUGCA